AUGAAUCAAGAUAGUAACAAUAAAAAUAUUAACAAUGGAAUAAAUAAUAAAUCAAAUCCAGCACCUUUUAAUUUUUUCUCAUCAAAUUCUUUUCACAGUGGACUUGGAGGAUUAUUAUCACCAGACUACUCUUUCUCUGAAAUGCCAAAUUUAAAUAUAUUCACAGAUUCAUUCGAAAAGAGUAUUGGUCAUUCAUUUUUUAAUUCAUUUUCAUCAUUGGGUGGAUUUAAUCAACAAAAUCCAGGAUUAUUAGCAUUGCAAAAUACAUAUCUUCAACAACAAGGUCAACAAGAUAAACCAACAGAACAACAACAAACUAUUCCAACACCACCUCCACCACCACCCACAACUGCCUCUCAACCAAAUAUUCAACAACAAAUCGAACAACAAAUACAACAACAACACCAUGACCAAAUACAGCAACAACAUGACCAACAAAUGCAACAAAUUCAGCAACAGAUGCAACAGCUUCAACAACAAAUCCAAUCAGAUAAUUCAAGCUCGCCUAGUGAAAAUUCAAACUCAAAUACAACACAAAGUUUAAACUCGUCAUUUGAUAAUACAAAACCAAUUUCCCCAGAUAAUGACCCAUUAAAUAAUAAUGGUAUCACUACAAACAUUGUUAAUGGAAUAGUUGUUAGAGAGUUUGAAAUGAGAAAAUCAAGUUUCGAUAGUAAUGAUAUGACAACUUCCUAUGUCGAUGAAGCAAGCUCCUCCUCCCCAACAAAUAAUGGUUCAAUGUCGACAACUACUACUACCACAACCUCAUCUACACCAGCCAAUACCACAAUUGCAAACAUUAAAUUAGAGACAAAAUCAAUUGUAGCUGAUAAUAACAAUGAAUCACUAGGUGCAACAGCCGCAACAUCAAAAACAGCAACCACCAAAACUGGUAAAAAGGCAACAUUAAAACAAGGUUGGACCAAAGAAGAACACAUAAAGUUUUUAAAUGGUAUUCAAGUUCAUGGUAAGGGCGCUUGGAAGGAAAUUGCUCAAUUUGUUGGCACAAGAACACCAACUCAAAUUCAAAGUCAUGCUCAAAAAUAUUAUCUCAGACAAAAACAAGAAACUAAAAAUAAAAGAAGUAUACACGAUCUUUCUUUACAAGAUUUAAUUCAGGAAGCUGAAGGUAAAAAAGAAAAGGAAAAGAAUAAAGAAAAAGAGAAAGAGAAAGAGAAAGAUAAAGAGGGAAAAAAAAUUCAAAAAACUACUAAAAAAUCUAAAAAAUCAAAGUCAAAAUCAAAGUCAAAAGAUAAGGAUAAAGAUAAAGAAAUGGAAGAGGAUACACCAGAAUUACCACCUACAACAACCACAACAACUACUACUACAACUACUACACCAAGUCCACAGGUCUCACCAGGUGAUCAAAUGGUUGGAAAAUUAUUCUCUCCAUUUUAUAGAUCGAAUGAUGGCGGUAAUACUUUUAUGGGUAACAAUAUGAACAAUAACAAUAAUCCAGGUUCAAAUACAAAUACAAAUAUAAAUACAAACACCAAUAUUAACACCAACACUAAUACAAAUUUAAAUACAAAUAUAAACUCUAAUAUAAAUACAAACAACAAUAUAAAUACAAAUAUAAAUAAUAACAAUAUAAAUAUGAAUAAUAUGAACAAUAAUAUAAAUAAUAAUAUAAAUAAUAAUAUAAAUAAUAAUAUAAAUAACAAUAUAAAUAACAAUAUAAAUAAUAAUGGCUUAAAUAAUAAUAUAGGAGGUAUUAGUAUGACAACAAAUAUAAAUGAUAUGAUAAAUAAUAAUUUAAAUAGCUUUACAAAUAUGAAUAAUAUGAACUUAAAUAAUAUGAGCAAUUUAAAUAACAACAUAAAUAUAAAUAUGAAUAAUAUAAAUACAAUGAACAAUAAUCUAAAUGGUUUAGCAUUAAACAACAAUGACAUAAUACGACAACAAAAUUUAAUGCAAUAUCAAAUGGACUACCAAAUAACUCCACCACAAGUUCAUCAAUUUAACAAUACAAAUAAUUCAAAUAAUAUUUAUCAAAUGUACAAUAAUAAUAGUAAUAGUAGUAGUAAUAAUAAUAAUAAUAACAAUAAUAAUAAUAACCCUCAGCCAAUGGGGUGGUCUCAAGCAAAUCAUCAAUCACCACAACAACCAUCUCAAAUACCAAUGCUCCAAAACCAAAACUUUGGUAUGCCAAAUCAAAAUAUUUAUUACGACUAUAAUACAAUAUUACAUUCUACAACGAAAUAA